UCGCCUUCGCCUCCGCCGGGGCAUCGAUCGCCCACCGCGGAGUGAGGAGUGAGGGAGAGGGUGCAGAGCCCGCACGCGCCCCGCCCGAGGACUCGCCCGCCGCAGCACGGACCGCGCCCCGCCGGCCGCCCGAGAAUGGUCACUCAGAUACUCGGGGCCAUGGAGUCUCAGGUUGCGGGGGGUCCGGCAGGCCCGGCCCUGCCCAACGGGCCGCUCCUGGGCACCAACGGCGCCACGGACGACAGCAAAACCAACCUGAUCGUCAACUACUUGCCCCAGAACAUGACCCAGGACGAGUUCAAGAGUCUUUUCGGCAGCAUUGGGGACAUCGAGUCCUGCAAAUUGGUUCGGGACAAGAUCACAGGUCAGAGUCUGGGGUACGGCUUCGUUAAUUAUUCUGAUCCCAAUGACGCGGACAAAGCCAUCAACACCCUUAACGGCCUCAAACUGCAGACCAAGACCAUCAAGGUGUCCUAUGCCAGGCCCAGCUCGGCGUCCAUCCGGGAUGCCAACCUCUACGUCAGCGGCCUCCCCAAGACCAUGAGUCAGAAGGAGAUGGAGCAGCUGUUCUCCCAGUAUGGCCGCAUCAUCACAUCCCGCAUCCUGGUGGACCAGGUCACAGGUGUCUCCCGGGGCGUGGGUUUCAUCCGCUUCGACAAGAGGAUCGAGGCCGAGGAGGCCAUCAAGGGACUGAACGGGCAGAAGCCGCUGGGCGCGGCCGAGCCCAUCACGGUCAAGUUCGCCAACAACCCCAGCCAGAAGACGGGCCAGGCCCUGCUCACCCACCUCUACCAGUCGUCGGCCCGGCGUUUUGCAGGGCCCCUACACCACCAGACGCAACGCUUCCGGCUGGACAACUUGCUCAACAUGGCUUACGGAGUCAAGAGUCCCCUGUCGCUCAUUGCCAGGUUCUCGCCCAUCGCCAUCGACGGCAUGAGCGGCCUGGCGGGCGUGGGCCUAUCGGGGGGCGCAGCGGGCGCCGGCUGGUGCAUCUUCGUCUACAACCUGUCCCCGGAGGCCGACGAGAGCGUGCUGUGGCAGCUGUUCGGGCCCUUUGGGGCCGUGACCAACGUCAAGGUCAUCCGCGACUUCACCACCAACAAGUGCAAGGGCUUCGGCUUCGUCACCAUGACCAACUACGAGGAAGCGGCCAUGGCCAUUGCUAGCCUCAAUGGCUACCGCCUGGGUGAGCGCGUGCUGCAAGUGUCGUUCAAGACCAGCAAACAGCAGAAGGCCUGAGCCGCCCACCCCUCCCCGGGCAGCAGAGAGAGACACAGAGAGAGACAGAGAGAGAGAGAGAGAGCGCACGCAAGAGAGAGGCAGCGGUGGCUUGGCGCAGGGCGGACCCCGGACGGCCCCAGGGCACCCCCCCACAGCCUGGCGGAAGCCUUAGGGUGAGCACUGGGGGAGGGGGGCCGGGGUCUGCAGGGAAUGGGGCAGGGGGUCUGGGGUCCCCCCACCCCAGGCUCCUGCUCUCCCCACCCCCCACAGCCUAGGUGUGGUACUCUCUCUCCUCUUGGUUUUGUUCAUGGCGAUGGUUUUUGUUUCUUUUUUCAGCUAAAGAGAAAGAGCAGGGACCCCCCCCACUCCCCUCUAUCCUACCCUCGACCACCCUCUGCGGGCAUGGUUGGGGGGUGCGGCACGGGGAGGCACCCUUUCAGGAUCCCUGUGGCACAGGCCUCCCCCCAUACCAUAAAGGUGAUCUUGAAGGGGAGGGGGAAGACAGGUUUAACAAUCCCCAAAAAAAAAGCAAAUCGUGAGGGGGGAAGGUGGGGGACCCCACUCCCGCCAGAGCCCUUCCUUGGAGGAAGAGGAGAGGGGGUGCAGCUAGGAGGGGCUGAAACAGAAACAAAAUGGGAAAAAAAAGGGGGGUGGGAGGGGCAGAAAAACUCUAUUUUUGUAAAAAGGGAAAAAAAAAGACCUCGUGGAGAAUUUUUACUGGGGAUUCUUGAACUUGAAAAAAAAGACAAAAAAAAGAA